AAACUUCAAAGAAAACAAUUUGGUAACGCGGCAUCGCUGUUAGAAAAAACAAAUGACUAACGAUAAACGAUAGUAAAAUCUGUUGAGUAUUAGUAUAUUCUGCUGUCGUUUGACUUUGCCACAUUAUUUAAAUGUUGUAAAAAAUUUGGAAAAAAUAUCACGAUGUCUUUUAAUUUGUCUUCUAAUCAACCCUCACAACCUUCCACUUUUGGAGCACAGACGUUUGGUGCACAGUCGUUUGGCAAUCCUGCACCAUCAAGUUCCUCGUUCUCUUUUGGUACUGUCCCAGCAACUAGCAGCGCUGCACCGUUUUCGUUUGGAACCUCUACUGCUCCUCAGCAAGCCGGAGGUUUCCAAUUAGGAGCAACCAAUACAUCUUCAGCGGGUAGUUUUGGCUUUGGAUCAACACCACAAGCUACACAAGCUUUCAGUUUUUCAAGUGUUCCUUCAAACACUGCAACUGCCACAACAUCAGGGACAGGAGCUACCUUUGGAUUUGGAGGAUUUAAUGCAACAGGGUUUGGAUUGGGCUCAGUAUCAAGUGCACCUUUAUCUGGGCUUUCUACCAAUGUCAUAUCAACUACAACAACAGCACCUUCUCUUGGCCUUGGGGGUAUUAAUUCCACACCAUUUGGAGGUGAUCCUGCUGCAUCAAACUCACAAGGAAAAUCUGAUUCCAAAGCUUUUAACGAAAUGCCAGUUCCUGCUGAGAUAACUCAAUCAGUAGAAGAGUUCAAAAAGCAUGUGAAACAACAAAAAGCUAAAAAAGAUGAGGUCAGUCGAGGAAGUAGCAAAGCCCCAGAAAAGGUUGGCGAAGAAGUUGAGACGUUGAAGAAUAUCCUGUCCAAUUUGGCCAAUAACAUUCAGCAGCAUUCUGCCCUGGUUCACAAACUGAAGCAUGAUGUAGCACUCGAAAUAAAAAAUGCGGAAAUUGCACAGCGCACCAAAGAAACAGCGCCAAGUAUGCAACUGGAUAACACCUCGCCCCUAGAAUACUUUGUGCGCUUAGUGGCCGAUUUCGAACAGCGGAUGCAGUUUUACAAGCAACAAAUCGAGGAUACAGAAAGAAAUCUAUUGGCCAUGAGCAAGCAACAAGCGUUAACACCUCAAGAAUUGAUGGGAACGAUGAAAAAGCUGCACGAAGCUUUCGUUUUGUUGGCUGGACGUGUCCAUAUGAUUCAUACUACGCUUCAAAACUACAAAGACGAUUAUUUGACAUACAGACGGCGAGUUUUGAAUGAUCCAACUGAUAUUUUUGCAUCAAAGAGCCAUGUCUCUUCCAAAUCGUCACUGGUUAGCCAAUUAAACAAAAUUGGAAGUGGGCCGUCUCCAUUUGGAGGCACUUCAGAUCCGCUAUCUCGAACGUUGAAUCAUCUCUCCAGCUCUGUUCAAAGUUCUGGUGGUACUAGUGGAGGUCUGAGCUUUGGCUCCUCGUUAGCUAAUAGUAGUUCUGUUCUGCCGAGUAGUAGCGCAGGUAGUCUAACCUUCGGGACGCCAAGUCGGUCGGCAGGUUUUUUUGGUAGCUCUGCGCAGUCGUUGCAGUCAGCCAAUUCCAGCUUCCAGUUGCAAAGCCCGCCCCCUGGCAAUAAAAGGAACAAGCGCUAAAUUUACCCCUGCACUCUUCUUCUUCUUCAAGAUUCAUGCUGUAAACAUCCGUUUUUGAAUAAACGAUAAUUUCCA